AAUCAUCGUUGAAAUCGCAAUCGAAAAUCAUGGAACGCUGGCAGAAUCGCGUGGCCGUCGUCACUGGCGCCAGUUCGGGCAUCGGAUCGGCCAUAGCCAAGGAUCUGGUCCUAGCCGGAAUGACGGUGGUGGGUCUGGCCCGACGUGUCGAUCGCGUCAAGGAGCUGCAGAGGGAGCUGCCGGCGGAGAAGCGCGGCAAACUUUUUGCCCUCUACUGCGACGUGGGCAACGAGAGUUCCGUAAACGAGGCCUUCGAUUGGAUCAUCCAAAAGUUGGGCGCCAUCGAUGUGCUGGUCAACAAUGCCGGCACCCUGCAACCCGGCUAUCUGGUGGACAUGAAUCCGGCCGUAAUGCAGCAGGUAUUGCAGACGAACAUCAUGGGCAUCGUGCUGUGCACCCAGCGAGCGGUGCGUUCCAUGCGGGAGCGCAAGUUCGACGGCCAUGUGGUGCUCAUCAAUAGCAUCCUGGGGCACAAGACCAUGACGGCCACGGAGGGCGUGGCGCCCGAUGUGAACGUCUAUCCGCCCAGCAAGCAUGCAGUUACAGCGCUGGCCGAAGGAUAUCGCCAGGAGUUCUUCGGCCUGGGCACCCGCAUCAAGAUUACGAGCGUCAGUCCGGGCGUGGUGGACACGGAGAUCGUGCCGGACAGCAUUAGGGAGGCCAUCAAGGAUCGAAUGCUCCACUCCGAGGACAUCGCACAGGGAGUGCUGUACGCCAUCGCCACACCGCCACAUGUCCAGGUGCACGAGCUGAUCAUCAAGCCACUUGGCGAGACCAUGUAGGCGGAGGAGCUUCAGGAGCUCUGUUCUUUUUUUUUUUUGUAUUUUUCCUCUUCAUCUUAAUAUUUUUGCCGUGACAGAAAAUAUGAAGCACCAUAUUCACACAAUUUUCGUAGACAGUUUAAUAUUCACAGUUAAGCUAUACACGUUGCAAUAAAACUAUUUAAAUUU